CUCAGCCCACUUAAACUCUCUCUCUCUCUCUCUCUCUCUCUCUCUCUCUGUGGCUAUAUAUACAUAUAUAUGCAGUCAGCCUGACGGUGGUAGAGGAUGUUUAGGUUGAUCACAGGAAUAGCAGGCCCCAGUGGGUUUGGAUCAGCAUCAACUGCUGAACAAGUCACUCAAGGGAUUGAUGCCACCAAUCUCACUGUUCUUAUCACAGGUGGUGCAAGUGGGAUAGGUUUUGAGACAGCAAGAGUCUUGGCCUUAAGGAAUGCACAUGUUAUUAUUGCAGGAAGAAACAUGAAGGCUGCAAAUGAAGCAAAACAACUCAUUCUAAAGGAUAACAAAACUGCCCGCCUCGAUGCACUGAAACUCGACCUCGCCUCCCUUAAAUCCGUCAAGGCCUUUGCCAAUAACUUCAUCGCUCUUAAACUUCCUCUCAACAUCUUAAUAAACAAUGCUGGCAUCAUGUUCUGUCCCUAUCAGCUUUCUGAAGAUGGAAUAGAGAUGCAAUUUGCAACAAAUCAUCUUGGUCACUUCUACUUGACCAACCUUCUCCUUGACAUAAUGAAAGAGACGGCAAGGUCUUCUGGCAUUGAGGGCAGGAUUAUAAAUUUGACAUCAGUAGCACAUCUGCACACUUAUGAUGAAGGGAUUCAAUUUGAUAAGAUGAAUGAGGAAACCAGUUAUUUGGACAAGAAAGCGUACGGACAAUCCAAAUUAGCUAACAUAUUACAUGCCAAUGAGCUCUCACGACGUUUGCAGGCUGAGGGAGCAAAUAUUACUGUUAAUUCAGUUCAUCCAGGGUUGAUAACAACAAAUCUCUACAGACAUUCUUCUCUAUUCAUAAAAAUUUUGAAGUUCUUGACAUAUAUCCUAUGGAAAAGCAUCCAUCAGGGGGCAGCCACAACUUGCUAUGUCGCACUUCACCCGGCGUUGAAAGGUGUAUCGGGAAAAUAUUUCCUCGACUGCAACGAGUAUGAAUCGGGCACGUUUGCUAGAGACGAAAUUUUAGCCAAGAGGCUCUGGGAUUUCAGCAACAAGUUGGUUGAUGCAGCUCAAAACAAUAUGAAAAGUUCUGUUUCCCUGUGAAACCUAUGUAAUUUCUUGAUAUUUAAACAAAUUAUGACCUUGUUUGCAUCAGAACACGUUUUUAUCCAUGAUCACGGACCUCAUAGUAAGUAAGAUCUUUUCAAAUAUUGUUUAAGAAUAUUACUGCUUC